AUGGAUUUGACCGAAAUGACCAACGAUUUUGUCACGAAUUACGAUAAUAUCUAUUAUGCGGACACAAUACAGACCGGCCGAGCACUGGUCGAAGGACCCGAACAUCGAUAUCUGUUUGUCGACAAUAAUCAAGGAUUAGUCAGAAAUGUCGGCAAAAAUCGUAUGACCAAAGCCCUAGACUUUGUUAACGGUAUGCGUCGGUCAAUACUUGCCGAGACUGGCCACGAAUGUUCGGCUGGUAUAAGCUAUAACAAGUUUCUGGCCAAACUGGCCGCCCGAUUAAACCGACCAAUCGAAACAACUGUUUUGGUCAAUACGGGUGGUAUCGGUCGGGUGUUUCGCGAGCUAACCGUUGAUGAUGUUUGCAGUGAUAAUAAUGAGAUGAUCGGCUGCGGCGACGACGGCAAUGGUGGCGGCGGUCAAGAGUUAGCCAAACGUAUUAAAUCGGAACUCGGAGUCCGUCGAUGGUCUGAAUUGCUAGAGUUUAGCUCAGAAGAGUUGGCGGCUAUUGAUGGCCAGUCGUCGUCGACGGCCAACAAAUUGUGGCAAAUGGCCAGAGGUAUCGAUGACCGACCGGUUGUCGGCGAAAAUUUUCCGACCAAUUAA